AUGGCUCAAGGCGCUUCGCUUUUCCGAUUGCUGAACCUCAUCGUCGCGGUCCUUAUCAUCCUCGGCGGUAUCCUGCUCUUUGUCCAUAUCGGAUCAUGGAACUCGGGCAUCCUUGGUGUGUUCCUUUGCAUCUUUGGAUUGUUGACAUUCGCAUUGGAGUUCACCAUCCCCGAGUCGAUGGUCUAUAACUUGGGCUUCAUGUUCUCGCUCCUCGGACGAGGCAUUUGUAACAUGGGCCUGUUGACGCUGUCAUGGAGGUGGUUCAACAUCCUGGUCGGAUGCAUCAUUAUGGCCGUCGGGCUCUUUUACAUCGCCAUGCACUUUGUCGGCGCCACGCCUUCGCCCUCCAUGUCGGCCGUGCCCAACACUUCGUCCACGAACCUUAACCCCAACUACAACAGUUCCCAGAGCUACACCAAUCCCUCUGGUGAACAGCCUAGCAUGACCCAGACCUAUCAGAGCCCCGACCCCAAUAACGCUGCUCACUACGACACCCCCUCGCGCGCCUAA